AUGGACGAGAGCAAACCCCUGAAGGUGCGGCUGACGUUCUCCGUGAUCCUGGUGGGCAUCUCGCUGCUCUUCGCCGCCGUGGUCACCGACCACUGGGCCGUGCUCAGCCCCAGCCUGGAGGAAAACACCACCAGCUGCGAGGCGGCGCAUUUCGGGCUCUGGAGACUCUGCACCAAGCGGAUUUUCAUGCAGGAGCCGAGUCCCAAAGAGAAGAGCUGUGGGCCCAUCAGCCUGCCAGGAGACCACAACUGCUCCUACUUCAAGCACUUCACUCCAGGAGAGACCUCGGAGAUAUUUGAAGUAACCACCCAGAAAGAAUACAGCAUCUCAGCUGCAGCCAUUGCCAUCUUCAGCGUUGGCUUUGCCAUCAUGGGGACGAUCUGUGUGCUCCUGUCCUUCAGGAAGAAGAGGGAUUAUCUGCUGAAGCCAGCAUCCAUGUUCUACACCUUUGCAGGUCUCUGCAUCAUCAUCUCUGUAGAAGUCAUGAGACAAUCCGUGAAGAGGAUGAUUGACAGCAAGGAGACAGCCUGGAUCAAGUACAGCUACUCCUGGUCCUUCGCCUGCGCCUGCUCCGCCUUCGUGCUGCUCUUCGUCUGCGGCAUCGCGCUCCUCCUCAUCGCGCUGCCCCGCUUCCCCCAGAACCCCUGGGAGACCUGCAUGGAUGCAGAACCCGAGCACUGAUGGUCCCUGCACCCAUGAAAAAUAUCCAGAAAGUGUUCUGAAAAUAUUUGUAUUUUUUAAAAUGCCUGGGUCUCACUACACAAUGUGCUCUC